GUGAUUCUUUCCAUGCAGAUUACAUUUAAAUGCCAUGUAGGAACGCACGUGGCAGAUCAAUCCCAGUCAGCAAUCCUUCCUCUUUAAAACACACGCUCCUGGCCUCUGCUCUUUAUCCUCUCUCUCGCCAAAUCAAGAUCACCACACAACUGAAAGCUCUCAUUUCCAUCGCUCUCUUUUCUUUUUGUGUAUUGUUUGGGUCUUGUCGCCGGAGAUCAUCUUUUCGCCGGCAAGUUGAAUCUAUUAACCGGUAAAUGGAGGAUUCGGCUACUGAUUGUAGGCGGUUGUUCAAUUUCCAAAGUGAAAGGGUGACGUUAUCUUGCCGUCGAGUAUUUCGGGAACUUUAACAGUAUUUUUCUAGAAAUCCAAAACAAAAGCGACUUGUACUUAGCAGAGUUUAGAAGUUAUUCCAUGCUUUGUCUCGCAAAUCAGAGUCAAAUAUAAUACUAUUGCUUUGUAAUAAUUAGAAUCUCUGGAGGAGGUCUCAACACUUUAGAGUCCCUCCAAAUUAGAAAAAAGUUGGUAAACGCAGCAAAUUCCUGGGUUUCCGUGUCGUUUUGAUCUGCUGAUCUUAUUCUGUGUGGAGUAAUCAAUGCUUCUGCUGCUUCAUUUAAUCGAUGUGUAGAGUAGAGAGUUUUACAGUUCAACUAACUUUUUUUUAAGGAUUUCUCUUGAAUUUCUUCGUUUCUCAAUCUGUCUUGAGAGCGAAGAUAUUUUAGGUUUUUUUUUUUCGAGGUUUCUGUGCAGUCUGUUGGCAGAAAUUAAUAAUUCAAUAAUGGAGGAGAGAAUUUGAUUGGAGUGAGGAGUUUUUUUUUUUUCUAGUGUUGUUGAUCACUGCGAUCAUGCCUUUUCCAAUGAAGAUUCAGCCGAUCGAUUAUCAAACACUCGAUGAACCAGUGGCUCACCAGUUGGAGUCAGUAAAGCCGGUGGGGAAAUCACGAUUGAAGCGACUGUUUGAGAGGCAGUUCCUGAGAAAUUCAGCUGCUGAAAAGGUCGGUGCCAUCGAGGAGUCGCACUUGAAGGACGGCUGUAACGAGUUCGAGCCGAGUUCGGUGUGCUUGGCGAAAAUGGUGCAGAACUUCAUCGAGGAUAGCAACGAGAAGCAACCAUCAGUUAGGUGUAACCGUAAUCGCUGCAACUGCUUCAACGGAAAUUGUAACGACAGUUCUGAAGAUGAAUUUGACUCGUUUGGUGGUUUUGGCGAUUCUAAUCUUUCCUCCUCUGUUGAAGCAAUUGAAAUUCUAAAGAGUUUGGUGCUGUGUGCAAGUGUUUGUGAGAGGAAUUUGCUGGCGGAUACAGCGAGGGUUGUUGAUAAGAACAAGAUGUGUAAGCGAAAAGAUGAUGUUUGGAGGAAGAUCGUUGUUGAUGGUCUGUUGGGUCUUGGAUAUGACGCUUCUAUCUGCAAAUCUCGCUGGGAAAAAGCCCCCUCCUAUCCCGCCGGGGAAUAUGAAUACAUAGAUGUGAUCAUCGCAGGCGAGAGGCUGCUAAUUGACGUUGAUUUCAGAUCGGAAUUUGAGAUAGCUCGAUCAACCAAGACUUACAAAUCUCUUCUCCAAACACUACCUUACAUUUUCGUAGGUAAAGCUGAUCGUCUCCAGAAGAUUAUUGCCAUUGUAUCGGAUGCAGCAAAGCAGAGCCUUAAGAAGAAGGGCAUGCCCAUUCCGCCAUGGAGAAAAGCUGAGUACAUCAAAGCUAAGUGGCUUUCUCCUCACCCGCGAACCACACCUCCUCUUAGCUCAAAAGAAACAUAUCCUAAACCGGAAAAGGAGCAAACUUUGGUUCAAAAUGGGAUUGCGGAGAUUGAACGGAGUUGCCAGGAGAAGAAUUCAGUGGAGGAUGAUGCUGAGAUGGGCGAGUCUGUGUUUGCUUUGUCAUCUGAAGGUUCCGUGGCAGAAGAGGAGGUUAUAGCGGUGAAAGAAUGGAAGCCACCUGAUGUUAAGCCCAAAAGUUUACAAAUUGGGAUUAAGAUGGUGACCGGAUUGGCCUCUGUUAUCGAAGAUGAGCCUUGAAAUUUUGACCCCCCUCCCUUUUUUUCCUCUUUUUUUUUUUUUUUUGACAUUGAAGAACAGAUUAUAUGAUCCUAUAUGUUUUAACCGAUCAAACCAAAACCCCUUCUACUUUUUGUGUAAGGGUGUGAUUUUACUACUAAUAUAAUAAAACUCUUUACUGUAAGAAGAAUGGCUAAUACAAAUGACAUAAUUUCCUGA